AUUUAAAGCUGUAAAAAGGAUUACGUGAAAUUUCGCGCCAGGUUCUAGAACACAGGAAAGCUUGCCGACACCAAACAAUAGCUACAUUUCUCGACCUGAAGGCAGCAUUCAACUCCGUCGAUCAAGAAGUCUUAUGGCAAUGUCUCUCACUGAAAGGCAUCCCAAGUAAGUACAUCACCUUAUUCAGGACUCUCUACUCGAACACUUGUGGGCGUGUUACAGCCUAUGGUGAGAUGUUCGAGGAGCUGUACUCGUCGACUGGUGUUCGUCAAGACUGCUCACUCUCUCCAUUCUUAUUCAAUUUUAUCAUCGAGGUCUCCCUCUCGUCACCAGGUUACACACACCUUGACCUAAUCACAGGAGAAUUCUCCUUAGACCUAGAAUACGCAGAUGACAUAGUCCUGUUAGGCGAAAACGCUGACAAGAUGCACAGUCUUCUGAACACUUUGAGUGGCAAUUUGACAAUGUUCACGAUGCCUUUCUCAUCACCCAAAUACAAACUCAUGCUCCACAAUCGGUAUUCAACGGUGCCUCGGCUAAGAUUAGAAAGUGUACUGGUUGAGAGUAUCGACCACUUCACUUACCUGGGGAGUAGGAUUAGCCCUGGUGGCUCACUGGCCGAUCAAACCUCUGCACGAAUACAAAAGGCUCGGUUGGCUUUUGCCAACUUACGCCACCUGCAGCGCCGUCGUGAUAUCAAUUUGUCUAUUAAGGGUAGCGUGUACUGCACGGCACUCCACUCUGUUCUACUGUACGGCUGUCUAACAUGGACAUCGAAGGUGGGAGAUAUGAGAAGGCUUCAAGUGUUUGACCAUCGUUACCUUCGUAGUAUAGGCCGUAUUCCGUCGUCUCACCAUGUCAGUAACACACAAGUCAGGUGUAGUUUUAGGGAGAGGAGGUAAGUCAGUUGAUGUGGUCGUGAAGUUUCAUCGACUAAGAUGGUUGGGAUAAGUGUUACGUAUGCCUAGUCGCCGUCUGCCUCGUCACACAAUGUUGGCCGAAGUAAGUUCAAGCUGGAAAAGGCUCAAGGUGGCCAGACUAAUACAUGGUACCAAUGCAUGAAGUCUCUGACUAUUGGUUUGAGCCAUGUGGGGCGAUGCACACUAACCGGUUGGGGUUUGCGGGACAAGAGGAACCAGUGGUUGGA